ACUAUGGCCACUGGACGACAUCGAGGCUGCUCAGCUGAUGCCUCGAUCGAUGCAGCUAGCUAGCGUAGCGGGUAACAAGCUAGCCUACAGAGAGCUAGCUAGCGGUUAGCCGGAGCAGUGCCCCUCGGCUCGUUAAAUCAUAGUAUCGCCGUUUCGACAGUGACUUUAAAUGUCGUCGGUGUAGCUGAGAUAUUGUUGAUACAUGUCUACAGUGUGAGGACGCGAGGGUGGAGGAUUCGAGGCAGUGUCUUUGAGGUGGGUGACGCUAUCCCGGCCAGCAUUUUUCAUGUUUAGCUAGCGUUAGCAAACCAAGAAAGCUAAUAUUGAUGAGCUAACCGAACACUUAAAGCCAGCUAAGAUGUGCUCUGUUGGAUAUGAAUAUGUACCAUCAACACUACGACUUACACCGAGUGUGUAACUGGGAGAUAUUUUUGUUUUGCUCUGUAACGCUAUCAUAGCUAAUGUGUUGCACAGAAAAUGGGUGUGUAAUCACUCGAUUAGAUGGAACCAGAGUUGUAUUCGAUAUGUGGGAGAUAUAAUUAGCUAAAGUCGUUGCUUCGCUAACAUGAUCAACGGUGUUAAAGAGAUGCAUUGACAUUGGCUUGUAAUACACGCUAGCUUGCUAAAUGAUUAUACUAUUAUUGCUAGUGUUUUUUCUUCUUCUCAGUAGUCAUUGUGCAACUGUUCCACAAUCACACCCAUUUCAUUGGCAGCUGCCCAAGCUCUGCAGGGUACCUGCAUCAAGCAGGUUGAGUUGACUCUGCAGGGGAAGAUGUGCAAUGGAAUGAUAGAGCCAAUAUCGAAAGCCUUUUGGGCCCACACCUCAGCCACUCAGCGGUUCUUUUUCUUGCUGCUGAUACUGACUGCAGUCCCCACUGGGCAAGGAUCAGGAUGUGUGAGGCCGUAUAUGGUCCAGAACAGCUGGGUAAACCUCACAGAAUCCAACAGGGGCUCGUUCCCUGCGGGCACAGUGCUGCAGUACAGCUGUGACCCUGGAUACCUGCCAGACGGACCCAGCAUCCUCACCUGCUCCACACUGGGGCGCUGGACCUCUGAACCUCCUCAUUGCAUACGCAGUGGUGCCUGCUUGCCCCUCUCCAAACCCGAAAAUGGUGGCUACACUUGCCACCCAUCCCCCUGCCGGAUGUUUUCCCAUGGCACUGUGAUUGAGUUCUUCUGCGAUGAGCGCUUCAUUCUCAGUGGCGACUACAACUACCUGACCUGUCAGGAUGGACAGUGGGACGGCCCCAUGCAGAUCAGUUGCGUUAGCCAAGGUUGUAUAAGACCGUCUACAGUGCAGCAUGGCUUAACUAAUCUGACGGACACCAAUAGGAGCUUGUUCCCUGUGGGCACAUUGCUGCAGUACAGCUGUGACCCUGGUUACCUGCCAGAUGGACCCAGCAUCCUCACCUGCUCCACACUGGGGCGCUGGACCUCUGAACCUCCUCGCUGUAUACGCAGUGACGGAUGCAUAAGACCCUCUACCGUGCAGCAUGGCUCAACUAAUCUGACAGAUACUAACAGGAGCUCGUUCCCUGUGGGAACAGUACUGGAGUACCUCUGUGACCCUGGUUACCUGCCAGAUGGACCCAGCAUCCUCACCUGCUCCACACUGGGACACUGGUCCUCUGAACCUCCUCGCUGUAUACGCAGUGACGUAUGCCAGCCUCCAUUUCAGCCAGAGAAUGGGGGCUUCGCCUGCCACCCUGCCCCAUGCCAAAGACUUUCUCAUGGCACUGUGAUUGAAUACUUCUGUGAUGAAGGCUAUGUUCUGAAGGGAGACUACAAAUACCUUACCUGUCAGUAUGGAGAGUGGGACAGCCAAAUGAAGCUCAGCUGCCUCAUGGAGCAAGACCACAAUCCAACUUUACCAUUAGGGAUGCCCGCAUUGUCCAUAGUGGCAUCUACAGCCAGCUCAGUGGCCCUAAUACUGCUCCUGGUGGUGCUGUUUGUACUUUUACAGCCCAAACUCAAGUCCCUCCAUCGACGUGAUCAGGGUGUGACCGGCCAGCCCGUGUCAAUCAUGGUGGAAGGAGUCCCGGUGUCUCUGCCCUCGUAUGAGGAGGCUGUGAAUGCUAGUGGGGCCUCAAGCUCCCCUCUCAGCUCUGAGUCUCGGGUCCAGAUAGUGCUGUCUGAGGGUCAGCAUGCAACACCGCCAGAGGCUGGCCCCUCUAGGCCUUCGUCCCUCAAACGGCAGCAGUCGGAGAUGGCUGUUGUGCACCCUGUGCCAUCGUCCUCUUCCUCCUCCUCACCGUCCUCCUCUACCUGGGUCCUAGAGCAUGCAGGUGCUGCCGCUCCUUCAUCCUCACAAAGAAGGCCGACUGCAGGCAGCGACCAACACAGCCUGUCUCUGGACUCUGAGAUGGACUACGCUGAUGAUAUGCCAUUGCUGAAGGAGGCCUGAAAAAUGCAGCAGCCUUUGGACUCCCCGAGACAACCAGCGUUGCUACUGACCUAUAUUGGUGAGCGGGAUGCCUCUCGAGAGUUUGUCAACACAGCUGUCAACACAGAUGAGGCUCUGAGUGAAGCUGUGGGUUACUCAAAAUGGUUCCUCGGUCCAUCCCAAAGGAGAACAGAGAAGGGAUUCACAUGUACAUACAUGCUUACAUUUUUUCAUUGGAAUUCCUACACAAUGUAUGUCCAAUGUCUGAAGCUCAGUUUGAAAAUGUAAAACAAAACAGAAAGAACAGGCACUUCCUGCAGGAAUGUGUCUUAAAGGCUGUUGAGGGGAGCUAAAUGACUGACGUAUUUGGGUUGAAUGGGCAAAGCUGCAAACUCAUUUUGAGAGCUAAUGAUCUCUUAAGUGUCUUGGUCACUGUUACUUUUCUUUUACCACAUAUCGCACCAUUUGAGACACAUUGGCCGAGAUGCAUGAAGUCCAGUUAGUCUAGAUUGUUGUCCAAGUCAUGCACAUUUACAGUAUUGUCCUCGGAAGACUUUUGUGAUUCUAAAUAAUUAGUUAAGCUGUUGUUAAUCAUAGUUCACGUCAUUCCAGAUGCCACUGUACAGUUUGAGGCUGCUUUCCAACCAAGAUUCCCUUUGCUGUGUUUUUCAUUGGACUGAGGGCAAACAUCUUAAGAGAUAGUUGAUUCAGGCCUGCAUUUGAUACAUUUCACUCUUGGUAAGUGUUCAGAUGUAUUCUCUUUAUACCCUUGUCCUCAAUGGCCUUAGCUUUCCACUUCUAUGCACAUAUGUAAAAUAGGGAGUUUUAAAAUGAAUGUCGGUUAAAAGCCUCCACCGCUUGGUGAUAUUAAGUAUGGCUUUGUCAGACACAUCACUUGUACACUAGAAAAUAUUAUUCUCUUAAUUUAUUCAGGCUGCUUGUACAUUGUAACAUAAUUGUAAUGUUUUAUGUGUAAACGGGGAACUAAGAUGUUUAUUUAAUUUACUUGUGACCAAACUGCUGUUGAUCAGCCAUGGCUUCUUUUGAUGCUUCUACAACUCUUGUGAACGAAAAAAAAAAAAAAAAAGUAUGUCUUUUCACUUCGGCGCUUCAGUUUUGGUUCUACUGCAGGCACGUUAUAUAUGUGA